AUGGGAGGACCCCUCUCCCGCUGGCGUCCUGCGGUCACCUUCUUCUUCCUCAUCUCCUGCAUAUCCUGCAAUCUCCUCUGCCUCGAAACCGCCGUCGUAGACAGCAUCAGGCCCGGACAGUCCGUCAACGACACCCAAACCCUCGUCUCCGCCGAGCGCAUCUUCGAGUUAGGGUUCUUCACCUCCGGCCCGACUGGAGGUCGGUACCUGGGGAUAUGGUACCACAAGAUCCUCCCUAGGGUUGUUGUCUGGGUCGCCAACCGGCGGCAGCCGAUGCCCGACAACUCCGGCGUGCUCAUGCUGUCUCACGACGGGGCACUCAUCCUCUCCGGUAACUCCUCCGCCGUCUUCUGGUCGGCGGAAACGAGAGGUAGCCCUAACCAGCCGGUCGCUCGGCUGCUGGACAACGGCAACUUCGUCAUCGGCGGUGAGACCAGUGGCGGGGUGAACGCCGGCAGCUACUACUGGCAGAGCUUCGAUCAGCCGGGGGACACGAUGCUCCCCGGCAUGCGCAUCGGAAUUGACCGCCGGAGCGGCCUCGUGCGCAACAUCACCUCCUCCAAGUCCUUCGGCGAUCCCAGCCCGGGAAACUUCACCUUCAUCGUCGACCCCCGCGGUGUCCCGCAGCUGGCGGUGGCGGAGGGAGCGGAGCUCCGGUGGCGAGCGGGGCCGUGGGUCGGUGAGCGAUUCGUGGGGAUCCCGGAGAUGAGGGCCAACGCGCUCUUCAUCUACGGCUUCGUCUCCGACGCCAACGAGGUAUACCUCAAGUUCGAGGACUGGAACAGGUCCUUACUCUCCAGGAUAGUCAUCAACGAGUCGGGAGUGGCUCAGCACUACGCCAGGAGCGAGGAGGGUGGCGUUGGUCGAUGGAACCUGAUCUGGCAGUCCCCCUUCGAAGCCUGCGAUCGGAUGGCGGCGUGUGGGGCCAACGCCGUCUGUGACCCCGCCAUGUCGCCGAGCUGCAGAUGUCUGGAGGGCUUCCGGCAGAAGGACGAGGGCGGCGCCGCCGCGGCCGCUGCCGCGGGGUGCAUGAGGGAGGAGGCUUUGGAUUGCCGGAGCGGGGCGGAGGAGCUGGUGAAGGUGAGCGGAGUCAAGUGGCCGGACACCUCGACGGCGCUCGUGAACCUCAGCGCGGGGCUCAACGACUGCCGGACGGCGUGCCUGAGGGACUGCAACUGCACCGCCAUGGGUAUUAGCGACCGCAGUGGCUGCGUAAGGUGGUCCGGCGACCUGGUCGACAUCAGGGUGUUCGCCACUGGCGGCCAGGAUCUGUACGUCAGAGCGGCGGUCCGCUCCCAAGGUCCGUUAUGA